GCAAUAGAGCCUUAAACUUACUGAUUCAAAUUUUGGAAAGUGGAACUUUCUCGGUGAGUGGAUGCAUUAAACUAAAUGUGAUGAAUAUUCAGUUUCUGUAAGGACACAUUUUGCGUUCCUGUAAGAAAAGUUCUGAAAUAUUCCAGACGUCUCGCGUUUACUUUUGCGUUUAGAUCUUUACAGGAAGUAUGGGCCGCUGGAGCUUCCAAGAUGGCCGCCGUGGGCAGGAUUGUAUCGUGAGCAAGAGUUCUUUUGGAAUAUUCUGUUGUGAAUAAGAAUUUUAAGAAUCCCAGGAGGUUAGUUUGGCUCUAAAACCAGGUAAAUAUAAAUAUGCACCUUGUUUGUUGGUGUAUUGUGAGCUGCAACUCCACAUUCUGGUAAUUCUGUAUAAACCCCCCAUUUAAAAUCUGAAUUGCAGAAUGUGGGAUGAAAUAAAAUAGCCCUGGCUGUGUGGAUAUAUUACUGAGACUCAGAUAUUUUAACCUGCAUUUUGCCAUUUGAAUGUAAAUUCUCUACAAUUCAGAUUUUAGUGAAGAAAUCCCAAUGUGAGUGUGGCUCAUUCAUUCCUGGUUCCAUACUGCUGGAAGAAUUCACCGAAACCUGCCACCGUGGAGAUCUGUGUAGCUGGGGGACGUCGAAAUAACUAACCUGGGAAAAUGCCUGAUUUGGGGCAUAACGCAGAACUUGGCUUUACUUUAAGAGCUUUUCUGGAAAGCUCCCACCCUACCUGAGCAGAAUGCUCUCCCUGGCUGUUCCCACCUCCUAUAACCUCCAAUCCAGUACCAGCACUUUAUUUAGUCUACCUCAAUACAAAAAGAAAGCGUCUCGAUCCUCUUUUUCCUACAGAACACUGCAAUUAUGGAACGACCUCCCGCACACUUUCAAAUCUUCCCCAACCCUAAAAUCCUUUAAGAAAUCCCUCUCUACAUAUCUCAAAACAGAAUGCACCUGACAUGGUUGAUUAUAUAUUUCUUACCUGUUCUAUGUUACAUUUUGUAUAUAUUGUGUAUUAAUAUUGUUUUUGUAUUUUAUUGUUCCCUAUUGUAUCAAUGCAAUGUUUUGUGGACCCAGGACAUACUUGAAAACGAGAUAAAUCUCAAUGUAUCCAUCCUGGUAAAAUAUUUUAUAAAUAAUUGUCUAUUCCGCUGGGCACAUCUGAUCAGGUACCCCUAGAUAUGCAGGGCUUUGAAUGACCACUCUCAUGAUACUCAUUAAACUGGCAAUUUCAGCAGUACUUUUAGCAAAUGAGCACUUUCCUGUACUGCACCUGCCUGUCUUAUUGUAGACACCUGGCAAGCCAUGUGAGUUGUCAAACCUUUCUAAACAGUUUGAUUACUCUUUGAGGGUUCCAUGUUAUUCUGGAUAUGAACAUAAGAUCUUGGAAAUGCCCCUAGAAUGUGAAACCAGACACCAUUUCAUUUUCAUAUUUUAAUUUUUGCAAGAAACGUAACAAAGAUUAUAAAUAUCAGCCUUAAUAAACACAAUUGUGUGUGUGUGUUUAUAUAUUAAAGGGACACUAUAGUCACCCAGACCACUUCAGCUCAAUGAAGUGGUCUGAGUGCCAGGUCCCUCAGGUUUUAACCCUUCAGAUGCAAACAUAGCAGUUUCAGAGAAACUGCUAUGUUUACAUUUGGGGUUAAUCCACCCUCUAGUGGCUGUCUUCUGGACAGCCACUAGAGGCGCAUCUGCGACGCUGGAGGCAGAUUUCGCCUCCAUCACGCAGAGCAUCCAUAGGAAAGCAUUGAGAAAUGCUUUCCUAUGGACACUUUGAAUACGCGUGCAGCACUUGCCGCGCAAUGCGGCUCCACUGACGUCGGGUGGGGAGGAGAGGUCACCAGUGCCGAGGGAGCCCGGCGCUGGAUUAAGGUAAGCUGCUGAAGGGGCACCCUCAGGGCACUAUAGUGUCAGGAAAACCGCUUUGUUUUCCUGACACUAUACUGAUCCUUUAAUAAAAAAAUUAUAUAUUUUAGAAAAUCUGUUCUGACCAACCACAAAUUCUUCUCGUAACAUUAUCUUCCGCAGGUAUAUUGGUAUAUGAGUACACUAUGCUGUUACAUUGUUUUGUAUGUCUACAUGUUGGUUAUUUAAUUGGAUAAACAAUCUAUGACAUUGUAUUGCAGCAAUGGCGGUUAGUAUGGCCUCACAGUUCUUCUCCGAAGAAGAUGAAAAGAUCACUACAGACAUGUCUACAUCUGAAAGGGUAAGAAGGCAGAUGGUGUAGGACUGAGCCAAUGAUCUUUUGGUUAAUUGUUUUGCCCUGUGGGAUGCCAGUGUUGAUGCAGCUAUGUAUAGUAACACGAAAAUAGGCCUGUGUUACAUCCAUGUAUCUUUCCUCUUUACUAAUGUUUCAAUAUAUAAUAACUGAUAUGAUUUAAUAAUGCCAGUGAGGUCCAAACAUGUGCAGAUUUGUUGGUUUUCUUUUUUGUUUUGUUUUUUAGCUGUGGGUUGUUACAUUUCAGACAUCGUUUUUUUGUGCUAUUUUAAUGCUAAAGAAUGUGGCUUAUGUCAGGCAACAUGUCCAUUUUAUUAGGGAUCGACCGAUUAUCGGUUUUACCAAUAUAAUCGGCCGAUAUUCAGUAUUUUCUGCAAUAUCGUUAUCUGCCAAUUCAGGUACCGAUAUUGCCGAUAAUACCUCCUAGGACCGCCAGGCUCAUUAUAAGCCCAGCAGUCCUGGGGGAGCGGGCAGCAAGCGCUUACUCACCUCCCGACAGCUCCUCCAGCUCCCCAGUAUAACUCUCGCUAGACCCGCGGCCGUCAGAGCGUUGCCAUGGGUUACCAUGGCAACGCGACACGCUGGCCGCAAGACUUACACUGGGAGUUGGAGGAGCUGCCGGGAGGUGAGUAAGCGCUUGCCCCCCCCCACCCACAGCUCAGCCAAUGCCACUGGACCACCAGGGAUUGCUAUAUCCCCCCUCCUUGGCCAAGUAUGAAACAGGGUGGGGGGACAACAAAAAUAAAUAAUAAUUUAAUAAAAGACGCCCCCUCACACACACUCCAUUAUAUACACUACAAAAACACUGUAUAUAAUGCAGUGUGUGUUUGUGUAAUGCAGUGUGUGUGUGUGUUUGUUUGUGUAUAUAAUGCGCGCACACACACACACACACUGCAUUAUAUACACACACACUAUACAAACACACACUCUGCAUUAUAUAAAUACACUACAUUCAUUACACACACACUACACAAAUACACACACACUCUGCAUUCAUUAUAUACACACACUACACAAACACACACACCUUGCAUUUAGUAUAUACAGCAUUCACUUUACGCACACUACACACACACUACACAAACACUCUGCUUUCAUUACAUACACACUACACUAAUACACACUGCAUCCACUACACACACUAGACAAAUACACACUGCAUCCACUACACAAACACACAUUGCAUCCACAACACACACCCUACACAAACACACACUGCAUCCACUACACACACAUUACACAAACACACACUGCAUCCACUACACACACACACACACAUUACACAAACACACACUGCAUCCACUACACACACACACAUUACACAAACACACACUGCAUCCACUACACUUGGCAUGUAUAUUUUGUGCAUUUACCUUUAGAAAUAGUUUUUAUUUUCCAAAAUGGUAAAUGUACAGAAUAUCGGCUAUCUGCCUGAAAGUUCACAGAAUAUCAUUAUCUGUAUCGGCUCUAAAAAAAUCAAUAUCGGUCGAUCCCUACAUUUUAUUAUAACAAUUACUUCCAAUAUUGGCAAUGUUUAUCAUAUAGUAUUGACAGAUUGACACGUGUUUUGGGUAUUCGGUAUAAACACAAGUGCAGUUAUUGAAACUUAGAUGUUAUCCCACAGCAUUAACACUUGUGGAAUUAGUUUGUCAUUUGCAUUUUUUUUUUUCCAUUCUGAAAUUUUUGCUAAAUUUAAAUCUUCCCUUGUAAAAACUAUUUUGCUUCAUUUCUGCUCUGCAGAGUGAAUUAUUCAGAGGUUGAAGGGAUUGGAAUCAUUAUUUUCACUCAUAUUUUGUUCUAGGUUGUGGAUUUGUUAAAUACAGCUGCACUAGCUUCCAAUGAAAAUAAAAUCACCAUGCUUAAACAGGUGAGUCUGGAACUAAUCUGUUUUGAUCACAAAGGUUGUAGAACUGUUAUAAAUUUUACAGAAAUAUAGCACACAUUUAUUGCAGAAUUCCAAUGUUUCUGUGUGAAUGUUUCAGGUUCAAGAAUUGAUUAUUAACAAGGAUCCCACUCUGUUGGAUAACUUUCUUGAUGUAAGUACCAGAGGCUGGUAAUUUAGAACAUAUAGAAACUAGUCCUAGUCUAUGAAAUAAUGAAUUUCCCUUUUCCUCUUUUUAGGAAAUAAUUGCCUUUCAGGCUGACAAAUCUGUAGAAGUUCGGAAAUUUGUUUUGAAUUUCAUAGAAGAAGCCUGGUGAGUUCCAUAAUGUCCUCCUAAUAUCAUUGAAAGGGUCACUACAAGCUGAAAUUAACCAGUCUCCCCGAAUGUUCUAUAAUCUGAAAUAGCUCUACCUAUGUAUGAAAUAAUAAAUUUUUAAAAAUAUAUCCACAAGCAAACAUCAACAUUGAAGCACCAAUCCUGGUCUGUGGGUUCUUAUCCAAUAAACAUCUGCUGGACAAAAGUUUAUGUGAUAUGUUAUUCAGUCCCAACAACAGUUCCAUUCAUCAGAACAGAGUAAUGUCACUUUUGAAUAAGUCAAACCACAGCUAAUGUGAGCCUUUUGAUUUGCUCCUUUCAGGUUUGUAAAUAAAGUUGUACACUAUGUGCCAACUGCCCAUACAUACAUACAUACAUACAUACAUGCAUGCAGUCAUGGUUUGAGUAUUCUCAAACUUCCAAUUAAUACAGCAGAGGAGGGAAUGUAUAUUUCUCAUCUGUCGUCUGGGGUAAAUGAAACGUUCUUAUAGCUUCAGCUGUUUUUUUUUAAAUUGCUGUAGUUAGAAGCAACUGUUUGCAAGAAUACAUGGAACCAGCUAGUACUAUAACUUGGCAUGCAUCAUUUUGGUGAUUAGAGUAGCUUUUAGCUUUUAAAUUGAACUUUCUAAUUAAAAACUAGAUAUUCGGGGGGGCGUGGCUACCGGCGGAGCAAGAUGGACGUGUAAUCUUUAGCUCCUGCACAUGGGCUCCGACAAAGGCGUCUCAAAACCCGCAAUAGACGACCCUGACAAGCAAACAACCAACAUGUCACAACCCAAGCAGAAACGGCAAGCCUCCAAAACCGAAAGACAAAAUUUUUUUGGUCAAAACGCCGCGCAAAACAAAUACACAAACCAGCAGCACCAACAAGAUGGCGGGGAGGAAACACACGACAGCAACCUCCUUACAGACCCUGCCGACCAGACUAUGGAGGAGCCGGUCACCAAGCAAUUUCUUUUGGAACAGCUGGGAGCGUUCUCCAGCAAAAUGAUGGCUGGCUGGGAAAAAGGCCUAUCAAGCCUGAAGAAAGACAUAGGGGAGCUGGGAGCGAGAACCUCCCGCGUGGAGGAGAAAAUGGAGGAAACACAAGAGGCACACAACCACCUAAUAGACCAGGUGAAUGCACUACAAGACACAGUAUCCGCAAUGGAGAACAAGCUCAUGGAUAUUGAAGAUAGGGCGAGGAGAAAUAAUCUACGACUGCGGGGCAUACCAGAAACGGUGGCCCCUGCGGACCUCCAGGCCUACGUGCAUGAAUUUUUCCAUGUGCUCUCGCCAGACACACCAUCAGACAUGCUCCUUUUGGAUAGAGUACACAGAAUACCCAAACCUCCACACCUACCACCCUCAGUCCCAAGGGAUGUCAUCCUGUGCGCUCACUACCAUCAUAUUAAAGAAAUAAUCUUAAAACAGAGCAGAACAAACAAGAACGCACCUAGCAAAUACGCUGAUAUCAAGAUAUUCCCGGACCUAUCUGCGGCAACGCUGAGAAGGAGGAAAGCCUUCCAACCCAUUACUAUCAUCCUCAGGCAGCACCAAAUAGCUUACCGGUGGGGUUACCCCCUCAAGCUUCUCAUCUCCAAAGAUGGCACGACGAAGAUACUGACCUCGCCAGAAGAUGGUGAAAAGCUCCUCAAGGAAUGGAACCUACCCACACCAAGCAAGCCGAACAGAGAAUCUGCCAUGCUGCAUCGCGAAUGGCGCAAAAUAUAGUAUCAAUGGACUUAUACCAGCCAUUCUGGACUGCUAAUAAGAUAUAACGAGUAGAGGCUGGUAAUGUAUAUAAGGAACCAACUGUUUAUGUUUGCUUAUGUUAAUUAUGUUAAUUUUGUUAACUUGGCGACACCUCAACCCGCACAUCUCACCUGCACAGACAACACCUACACGCACGCCAACGCACAUUUGAACCCCGAAUGCCAAAAAUUGGCCAAAUCUAGCUCAGAUCUAUCCCCUAUCUAAUUGAAAAAGCACACCCACUAACCUACACCUAAGACAAAAAGGUUCUGGAUAACCUACUAACCCUAACCGGCUGGAAUUGCAGUGAAACUAAAAUGCAGACGCAAAGUCGGCUACACCACAACCUGAAUGUCUAUCUAAGAUUGUAAAACUGAAAAAAAAAAAAAAAAAAGUUAAUAUUAUUAUUACUCUAUUAUUGUAUAUUGGAUUUAAACGGAACACGAGGCCGGGGGGAAAGGAGGGGACACGCUAACCAAAAUACCCCAACACGGAAUACAGCACAGACGCACUAGCAUUUUUGGUACAAGAAGCUGUGACAGCUUUCCCCAACACACUGUAGCAACUGCCGGGACAAUAUAAAAAAAAAUAAAAAAAUGGCGCUUCCACUCCCUCUGGCCUCAGUACCUCCACUAAGAUAAGGCACCAAACCAACAAUCAGGGAUACUAGUUUGACAUGAAUUUCGGGGCAGAUGAAAAUACCUAAACAAUGAAGGAGCCCAGGUAGCCUCCUUCGUGAGCAGGAAGUACAUGCUCACCACACCCCAGGUACUAUCAAGGAGUACCGAGCCCUACAUCUGGGCAUUGUUGUAUAUAGUUGAGCUCUCCUCGAGACUCAGGUUUAUACCCCACCUAUCCUUACCCCUAGUUGCAAACCAUGAGAGGGAUCAAGAACCCAUUACACCCAAAUCUAGGCAUAUCAAGCAAACAGUCAGCAAGUCGAUUAUCACCUGGCACCCACCAUGGCUGGCAUACCGAGGUAGACUGUCACUAAACAUUAUAUUGAACUACUCAACAACAGGAGAAGAAUCCCACCCUACCCAACCCCAUAAUGAAAAUAUAUUCACAUAAUGUAAGGGGCCUAAACACCCCCCAAAAACGCCAAACAUUGCGCACAGAACUGAAAAACCAUAACGCGGAUGUGAUCUGCCUCCAAGAAACUCACUUCAAAAGGCAGACAUCUCCUUCCUUAGACCCUUCACAAUUCCCGAACCAAUACCACUCCACACAUAGCCACAAGUCUAGAGGAGUUAGCAUUCUAAUACACAAAUCAGUCGCAUUUGAUCCACUCAAAAUAGUUAAAGACGCCAAUGGGAGAUACCUUAUCCUAAUAUGCAACCUUAAUGAUGUCACAUACACCAUAGUCAAUAUCUACGCACCAAACGACAAUCAAUGGCACUUCCUACAUAAAAUACUGACUAAAGUGAGCAACAUACAACAAGGCAUAGUAAUAUACUGCGGAGACCUCAACCACACCCUAGACCCAGAAAUGGACACUACACUUGACGCAAAAAAACCCAGACUGGCAUCUCUUAGACCGGCCUGCGCCAAACUUAAUAAACUGCUAAUUCAAUUUAACUUAUACGAUGUGUGGCGCACACUACAUCCAGGGGAUAAGGACUACACCUACUACUCCCAAGUGCACAAAACCCACUCUAGGAUAGAUCAUUUCUUCAUGACCAGCACAGGAUUAUCACAUACGCAUCAAUGUAUAUAUGGAGAUAUCACAUGGUCAGACCAUGCCCCAGUGAUACUGACACUCAUUGACGCAUUCACAUACAAAGGCAAAGGUUCAUGGAGACUAAACGACUCACUGCUUCACGACCAAGACUUCACCCUCACGCUAGAACAAGAACUUAAACACUAUUUUAAUACUAACGAGAACCCCCAGACCACGGCCCCGAUUCUGUGGCAAGCACACAAAUCAGUCAUACGAGGACUGUUGAUCCGCAGGGCAUCAUAUCUCAAUAAACAAAGACGAGCAACACUUAUGAAACUGCUCAUACAACUAAGGGAUACGACCCAAACUUAUUAUCAAACAAAACAACAAGAUCUCCUACCAGAAAUCCAAAACAUCACCUCUAAAAUGAAUGACCACCAAUUCCAAAAAACGGCAUACAUUCUGAAAAAAUUCAAAAUGAACCACUAUGCGAAAGGGAACAAGGCCAGCAAAUUGCUGGCCAACAUGUUACGCAAAAAACAAUCUAACUCUAAGAUCCCAUACAUUCUCUCAAAAAACAACCAAAAACUAUGGAACCCACAAGACAUGAACAGGGAACUAGUGACCUUUUAUAACACCCUCUAUAACUUAAAAGCAGAUGACACACUAUAUCAACCAACUGUCGCAGACAUUGAGGGAUACCUACAACACAUACCGCUGCCAACAUUGACAGAAGAACAAAAACACAAACUGUCGGAACAGAUCUCGAUAACGGAACUAACGGAUGUAAUUGCUAGACUACCUACAGGGAAAUCCCCAGGCCCAGACGGAUUCACGAAUCAAUAUUACAAAACUUUCGCAACUACACUCAUUCCCUACAUGAAACAAACCUUUCAAUCCAUAAUACACACAGGGACGAUCCCACAGGAAAUGCUCAUAGCCCAUGUAGCCACACUACCCAAACCAGGGAAAAUGCCAGACAAAGGACAGAACUUACGCCCAAUCUCACUUCUUAACACAGAUCUUAAACUGCUGGCGAAAAUAUACUCGAAUAGACUAGCUGCAAUCCUUCCAGAAUUGGUCCAUGAAGACCAAGUUGGCUUUAUAAAGGGAAGGCAGGGCACUGACGGCACUAGGAAAGUCUUAGACAUACUAUACAGCAUACACAAACGGAAAACGGGAUGCCUAUUCCUGUCGCUAGAUGCCGAAAAGGCUUUUGAUAGGCUGAAUUGGGACUUUCUCAGAGCGACAUUAACGAAGUUCGAAUUCCCACCAGAGUUCAUGAACACAAUACAAGCUUUAUAUAGCAAAUCCACUGCUAGACUCAUCAACGCAGGGUUCCUCUCGGACCCAUUUGAGAUCACAAAUGGGACCAGACAGGGGUGCCCCCUUUCACCCCUAUUAUACGUACUAGCGCUAGAACCUUUCACGACUCUCAUUAGACAACACCCAUUAAUCCUAGGCGUCAAAACACAAAGCAAAGAACAUAAACUCACACUAUUCGCGGAUGACAUACUACUGACGAUACAAGACCCCGAAGCUUCUCUACCACAUUUCCAUUCUACACUAGAAAACUAUAGCAAAAUGUCCUAUUACAAACUAAAUAUUUCAAAGACGCAAGCCCUUUGCAAAGGUCUCCCCCCAGAGGUCACUUAUAAACUAAAAAACACCUACACAUACGACUGGAGGACUGACUACAUUACAUUUCUAGGUAUACGGUUUACAAAAGCACAUACUGCAUUAUUUAACGCCAACUAUGGCAAACUCAGUAUAGAGAUAAAAAAACAACUACAAGAAUGGAAAACAUCAUUCAUAUCCUGGUCGGGACGCAUGGUAGCGAUCAAGAUGAUAAUCCUCCCUAAGUUGUUAUACCUUUUCAGAUCACUUAUGAUUCAUAUACCCACCACUUACUUUACCACAAUCCAACGCUGGAUAACCAGAUUUGUUUGGAAUGACAAAAGGGCACGCAUAGCCCUAAAGGUACUGCAGUUACCGCUCAAAGAAGGGGGUAUGAAUUUGCCAAACCUCAAACAGUACUAUCAUGCAACUGUACUUAGCAGCAUUAUCCAAACACGACCAGGCGCACAAGCACCUCAAUGGAAGCACAUAGAAGCAGAAUGGGCCAAUAAUAUUAGCACUGACAACUUAAUAUGGAUACCGAAACUUAACCGGCCUUACCUACAAGAUUGCCUACCAACCACAACAUUAUCACUAAAAAUAUGGGAUGGGGUCCGUCCCCUCCUAACAAAUAACUCAAUCCUUUCCAAAGCCAUGCCACUUAAAUCAAUAGCACACAUUAUCCCAGAUUUUAACUACAGAAUAUGGGAAAGACACGGCAUACAAUUUCUACACCAGAUACUCACUAACACAGGACUAGCAACCUUCGCCUCACUACAGAACUCACAUAAGCUCCCAACGGUAGCACAUUAUUCCUACCGCCAACUAGACUCAUGGUUGCGCAUACAAAUUCAGGAGCAAACAAUUAACAUUCAGGCACAAAAGAUGACAGAAUUUGAGGAAAUGUAUAUUAGCCCCACACCGUCCCAGAAAAUCAUAUCCUCUAUCUACACAACACUACCCACAAAAUGCAAAUUGCACGAACACAGAUUUAUCAAAGCGUGGGAAACAGAAAUCCACCAAAAAUUUACUGAGCCGGAAUGGGAACGUAUGAUCCUAACCCCCAAAUCCUUCACGUUAUGCUCAAAACACAUAGAGCUUGCCAAAAAACUCCUGUAUAGAUGGUACCUCACGCCCAUACGGCUACACAAAUAUAAUCAAUCCCUUCCAAUACAAUGCUGGAGAUGCAAAUCAGACACAGGAACAAUGGCACACAUAUGGUGGACCUGCCCAUACUUGCAACAAUACUGGAAAGACAUAUCCCAAAUUAUCACACACAGUACAGGAUGCACCCUACCUCAUAAUUUGGACAACUAUGUGCUCUUCAAUAUCCCAGAAUCGCUACCUAAACCAGAUAGGUACCUCAUCUUCCAUAUAAAUAUAGUAGCCCUAGGCGCCCUAGCACAAAACUGGCUAUCACAAACCAUACCCUCCAUCCCCAUGUGCAUACAACAAAUAAGCCACGCGGGCCACUUUGAAUCCACAAUGAGAAGGCAAACCACCUCUCCCAACAAACCACACAAACAGUACCGAAGAUACUGGGAAAUAGCAUGGGAUAAGUGGGAAACAUACAAAGUGACACAACAGGGAACCUCCCAUCAUGAGCUGACGUCAUGCUGACCUUAACCCACACGAAGCCAGAAUACUUACCAAAGCAUACCCCACCAGACGAGAAUGCCAAAGUAAAUGAUCACAAGGAGUAAGACCACUCCACACAACACUAGAGGUCAAAAGCAAAAUUGAAGAGCAAUCUGAAUAACCCUCAAAUGACCCCAAGCACAUAUCAAGCCCCCAGGGGAAAUUAUGGCAAUCGAUACCACUGAAACAUAAGGUCAGGCCCUAGUUCUCUCCCUCUAAUCUACUCCAAAGGUACGGGAAAAGUAUACAUCCCAAAGGUCAAUGCACGAAUACCACUGCCUUGCACGGUUUAACAGUUAUUAUGUAUACUCCAAUAAAUGUGAUUACAGAGAAUGUAUGAGACGACUAAUCUGUACACACCCUUUAUGGAAUUGCAACUACCCUCUCCCCCACCCCUCCCCUUCUUUUUUCUGUAUCCUCAUCCUCACGAAAUGACAAAACAAUAAAAAUUGUCAAAUUUGAAAAAAAAAAAAAAACUAGAUAUUCAUCUGCCAUCGCACAAAAACGCAUUCUCUGUUAAUCUAAUUGUUUAUAAUCCAACAGUAACUCUCACACUGCUUACAACUAACAGUCCUUACACACUGAGUUAAAGGGACACUAUAGUCAUCAGAACAACAACAGCUUAAUGUAGUUGUUCUGGUGAGUAUAAUCGCUCCCUUCAGGCAUUUUCAUGUAAACACUGCCUUUUCAGAAAAUGGCAAUGUUUACAUUGCUCCUAGGGACACCUGCAAGUGGCCACUGGAGGGGCUUCCUGGCUCAGCGCUGCACAGUAAGCAGCCCUGCCAUUCAGCAUGCCCACGCUCUGCAUAGAGACGCUGAAUUUUCCUCAUCCUGAUUGGCCAAAACGGCAUUUGGCCCCACCCCAGUGCCGAUUUUAGCCAAUCCAAUGCUUUCCCUAUGGGAAAGCAUUGGAUUGGCUAAAAAUAGGACAUUUUGAUGAUGUCACAAAGGGAUUAGCACUGGAAAUAAGAUACGUUUUAAACUUUUAUAUGGGGGGGGGGACAAGCCACCAAAUGUUGGGUUUAGCACUAUAGGGUCAGGAAUACAUGUUUGUUUCAGGUGUUACUUCCCUUUUAACUCUAUAUUGUUUUUGUUUUUGUUUUUUUGUCUCUCCCAGUAAGUUGGAUAAUGAACUGCUGUUGAAGCUAAUUGCCAAUCUUCAUAUGCUUCUCAAGGAUGACAAUGUGAAUGUGGUGAAGAAGUCAAUACUAACCAUGACCCAGUUGUACAAGGUGACCCUGCAGGUGAGAGAGACAUGGCUUGUAGUGAUACAUGCAUUACAGACAAUUAUUUCUCCUCUGUCCUUCCUCCGAAGUACUUUUUUUUGGGGGAUUUCUUUACUUGAUGCUUUCUCCUUUAUUCUGGCAUCUAUCUUGUUCAUAAUCAAAACCUCAAUUUUUCCAAAUAUUUAGAUACUUUUUCACUUUUGUUCAUUGUUUCUGUCACUUUCAAAAAUAUAAUUCAAUUGCUGUAUUAGCCAUAUCUGAUAUUCUCCUCUUCCCAUAGUGGAUUGCACGCUCACGCCCUCCGUCAGAUCGACAGGAGUCUUGUUGGGACCUAGUCACUGAAAUGGCCGGAGACAUCUUGCUUAUGUUGGAGUCCGAUAAUGAUGGGAUCCGUACCCAUGCAGUGAAGUUUGUGGAGAGUUUGAUUGUCACAUUGUCACCUCGUACAGCAGACAGCGACAUACCCAAGAGGCAGGAGGGUGACAUCAGCCUUGAACAGCUUCCACCUGACCACCCCUAUCUGAAAUAUAGUGAGUGUAAAAGUUACUGCAUCCUUAGCCACCACAUUCCCUUUCCAUAUUUGUUCUGUAUUUUUCUUACUGUGGACAUCUCAUUGCUGUAUGUUUCUACAGAUGGUCUGCGGGAUGCAGGAAAGCAGGCCCUUAAAGAACUACUGAAGUUCAUGGCUCACCCAGCCAUCUCCAGUAUCAAUCUAACAGCAGCCUUGGGUUCUUUGGCAUCUAUUGCCCGCCAACGACCCAUGUUUAUGGCUGAAGUCAUUCAGGCAUAUGAGACCUUGCAUGGUAAGUGCUGAAGAUUGCAAUGUUUUGAAUUUCCCCUCAAUAAGUUUGUCUAAAUCAUUUUGUGACUGUAAUUUAUGCAGUAUGGAAAUCCACCAUGUACCAUCUUGCUCACCAUUUGCUUUAUAUGCUCAUCCCACUUUUACGACCUUUGGGGGGGUUUUGUUGUUUUUUUUUCUUUUUUGAAACUUGCGUCUGCAAAUUGAUCAACUGUCUUGCUUUCUAAAAUAGAAAUAAAAAACAUUUAGCUAUUACCUUUAACUUUUCAUUGCUCCUCUUUUCUCUCCUACUCCUACAGCAAACCUGCCCCCCACUCUGGCAAAGUCUCAGGUGAGCAGUGUUCGGAAGAAUCUUAAGUUGCAGUUGCUUAGUGUUCUGCGCCAUCCAUUAUCCUAUGAGUACCAAGGGCCCAUCACCACAUUGCUGCUAGAUCUGGGAACCAGCCAGGGAGAAAUCACUAGAAAUCUUCCACCUCCCAGGGAUAUUGGUCGAAAGAGGACCAGGGAAAUGGAACCAGGAGGACCAAAGAAGAGCCGCACAGGUAAGACGUCCCUUCAGUCUUUGUAUAGUAGAGCAAUAGCUUGGUGAAUGUGGAUUUGUAGUAUAAUGAACAUUUGGAGGGUAGUGGGAUUUUGGUGACAAGGUAGAGUAUGAGAGCAAAUGAUUCCUCCUAAACGUUGCUGGAGUUCUAUAGCAGGUUUGUGAUUUCCACUUUAGAAGCAGCUCUGGCUGACGACGACGAUGAUAAAGAUCAGGUGCCACAUCCUCCAUUGCCCCCUCCUGCUCCAAGCAAGCUGUCGGCUACAGAUAUCACUGCAGAGUUUCUAAACCCCCUUCUGACGCCAGAGAGUGUUGCCAACCUGGUACUGUAUCUCGCAGAAAACUGUUGUGUUCAUUGCUCAGAUAUUUUUACAAAAAAGGAAAACAACUGGAUAGCUUAAAUACACUCUGUGUAAUGUGGGAAAAAUGUCCAAGAAGACACAUCUCCACUAAUUUAAAAACAUUUUGUUAAAUAUAAGUUUCUACUAACAAUCAAGGUAUUUAAAUUGUUCCUCUCGAUAAGAUAACAGCAAUAUAAUAAACCACACAGUUUUAGGAUUCCCAUAUUAUGUAUUUAUUAUGCAUAUUCCAUCCAAGAUUAUCAAAGAAACUGUUUGGUACCAUUUUUAAAAAUAAAAAAAAUUCCCCAAAACCUGGAACAUUUAAUAGUUUGUCAGUAAGCUUCUUGUGAAAAUCUUGUUGUUUUUGUAAUAUAAUUUAUUUUAUCCCCGUUUUUCCUAUUUCAUUGCGGUGUGUUUCAGGUCCUUAUCAGUAUGGUGUAUCUCCCGGACACCAUGCCUGCCUCUUUCCAGUCUACAUAUACACCAGUGGAGUCUGCGGGCACUGAUGCCCAAAUCCGGCAUCUUGCUCGACUCAUGGCCACACAGAUGACCUCAGCAGGCAUUGGACCUGGUAAGUAGUGGGAUCUGAUGUUGUUGGUGUCUGCAGAGUAUAUAAUCACAUGAAAGGAAUGGUGAUUGGUGGUCUUGGGUAUAAUGUUCAAACUACAAUAAUAUGUCUUAAAACAAGGCAGCUAGGUCUCUGUUAAUAUUAAUCUGUCAUGUAGGUGUUGAGCAGGUUAAAGAGACUCCAGCAGAAGUAGUAGAGGAAGAAAGCGCCAAGCCUGAGGGUUUGGUGAUCAAGCGUCGGGUGUCAACACUGGUUCAGGGGCAGGCCAUCUCUGUGCUUGGUGCCCAGAGUACAUCUAUUAAAGAAAGUGAAGAUGAUGAAGCCCCACAAGCUAAGAAAAGACCAGAACCUAUUCUGCCAGUAACUCAGCCCAGGUAAGAAUUAAUUAAACUAUAUUUAUGUGUCAGUUAAUGAUCCCACCCAUGUGCACAUUAAACCUUUUUUUCAAUGCUCAGACCUGCUGGGGUUGGAGGCCGUAAGAAGGUGUUCAGAUUAAAGGAAGUGUCUGAGCCGCUAACAGACACUCAGAUUGCGAGUCUCAAACUUGGAGCAGUGCGACGAAUACUGCAGGCAGAGAGGAGUGUCAGUAGCAGUGGCUCAUCCCAGGUACUAAACACUACAUGCCAUUAAUUAGGAUCAGUUAUAGGAGAUGUAAUUGUGUAAUAAGCUGUCAUAAUUUUUUUAUUUAGAUGCGAAUAAAGGUCCUUGCCCGUCUGGUGACCCGUUUGGAUACUUCUAUGAAGGCAGAGGUUUUAUGUCACUUUAUGAGUGACACACGUGGUCGACUUGAGUUGGCACUGGCCUGGCUGUUCCAGGAGUACUGCGAGUAUCUGUCUUCCGGUGACGAUGAAGGAUACCAGGAAUGUCUGAUUGGGAUACUGACCGGUCUCCAAGAGAGACCUGACCAAAAAGACGGGUCAGUGAUCAUGUGCUUAAAUGUGUGUCUUGGGAGUGACUUAAACUAAACCUGCUAGAGGGAUCCUAAAAGAAUGAUGAAAAAUGUUCAAUACUCAAGAUAACGAGGUCACGUGCUGUAUUUGUUUAUGCAGAGUGCUAGUGAUAUUUAAUAAUGGCACAAAAGGUAUAGUUUAACCCUAUGUAAAACUAUGGCAAGAUAUAUGAAUCUACUUAAGGCUCAGCACACCCUCUUAUCCCUUUAGGAUCUUCACAAAAGUUGUCUUAGAAGCUCCUCUGCUCACAGAUGCAGCUCUUGACGUGAUCCGGAAAUACUGUGAAGAUGAGGUUGGUGGAUUAGCAUCCUUUACCUAUUGUACAACACUAAAAUUUCACUUUGUUAGACGUUGUACUCUUUUAUAAGUUGCACUCCUUUGCACCCAUCAUUCUCAUCUCUUGCUCCAGGGUCGCAGUUAUCUAGGGAUGUCCACUUUGCGAGAUCUCAUCCUCACUCGGCCUGCCAGGCAGUUCCAGUAUCUCCAUCUUCUUCUGGAUCUGAGUUCCCAUGAAAAGGAUAAGGUUAGAACUGUAGCGUAACAAAUAUUGACACAGAAGCAGAGCUGCUCUGUCUUUGGGUUUCACAAACUCCACAUGUUCUCUUUUCCCAGGUCCGUCAGCAGUCUCUGCUAUUCAUUAAACGUAUGUACGACAAGGAAAGUCUCCGACAGUACAUAGAGAAGUUUGCCCUAAAUUAUUUGCAGCUUCUCGUCCAUCCAAACCCUCCAUCCGUUCUCUUUGGAGCAGAUAAAGAUACAGGUGGGGACUGUGGCCAAAAUUAAAAAUCACUACUUUAUUCUCACCAGCCCUCUCUUGUUAUCCACAUAUGAUUUUUUUUUUUUUCUUUCCUUUUCAUUAUAGAGGUUGCAGCACCCUGGACAGAAGAUACUGUUAAACAGUGUCUAUAUCUGUACUUGGCUCUACUCCCACAGAACCACAAACUGAUACAUGAGCUGGCAUCUGUCUAUACAGAAGCUACCGCUGACAUCAAGAGGACUGUGCUGAGGGUCAUUGAGACCCCGGUGAGUACAUUAAGCAAGGAGCCCAUUCCUUUUCUAAAAACACAUUAUUUACUUUUAAGGGAAGGGAUGCUUUCUCAGUACAGUAGUAUGUUUUAUUAUGUUUUAGACAAAGUUUGAGUUGGUAUGUUCUACUUUAGUUUACUCUGCUGGAAGACUAUUCAAUACAUCUACGCUUGUGUUUGUAAAAGGAUAAAUCACAUUGCCUUUCCUCCAUCUUCACUUCCUGUCCUCUGUAGCCUUUCUUUUAGAUUGAAAAUAACACUUUUUUGUGCUUUGUAAAAUUCCUUUAAAUAUUUGUAAAGGAGAGGGGUAAAUGUCAGUAUUAUGCUAUAGCAGGUGACUCUCUGUGAAUCUAGAGAGCACAGAAUAUUAGUAGCUCAAAAAUAAAAUGAAUGGGGAUACCAAGGGAAAAGGAUGAUGAGUGAAGGACAUAUUACUCCAAUUCAUGUAUCUCUCUUUAACCUCCACUGAACUCUUUUUCCAAACUGUCUCCAGAUCAGAGGCAUGGGCAUGAACUCCCCUGAGUUGCUGCUGUUGGUGGAAAACUGCCCCAAAGGAGCUGAGACUCUUGUCACCCGUUGCCUGCACAUCCUAACUGACAAAGGUAGCCUUUAUCUGACUUCUGGUGCUUGUGACUCCUAUUUCCUGCUUAGUUUUUCUAGAUCAGUGUUUCCUAUGUCUGGGAUAAGGCCCAAUUUUGAGUCUCUGUGAUGUUUCCACUGGUUGGAUCGUGCACAUCAUAUUCAUCAGGCUACUGUCAGCUGCCACAGAUAAAUUACUUACUGUAGUGGCAAAGCCUUCCCUAGUACAGACAAUGUUCACACAGGGAUGAGUCAAAUGAAUGAAUUUUGCUUUAUGUGUUACAAAUGGGUCUCUGAACUAACUUUGCAUGGAUCAUCAAGGUGUUGCCUUGUUCAUAAUUUAAUUCCCUGUUCAAAAUGGUUAAGUACCAUUGGUCAUUAUCAUUUCCAGCACCCUCUUUCAAAUCCUGCUUAUUGCCUUUUACUCUCCAGUCUCCAUUCACCAUAACUGAAAUGUCCAGCUGUGUUUCCCCCGGAUUCAUAUGUACAAGCACAUUUCUGUCCUUGGACUAUCCUGUCCCAGGACUGUGGCUUUUAAACAUUCCACCUACUGAGCAUUACUUUUCUGUAAAACCUUCCAGUCAUUGGCAAUUCCAAGCUUUCUUUCCUAGUGAUCUUAAUAAACAGCUUGUAUAGUUUAAUACCACAAACUUUGAUCUCUUCUUAGCUCCUGAGUCCAUCAAAAAGGGAACACAAUGUAUAAUAAGCCCAGAUAAAUAAAUAUGAAAUCAAAUGCUCAUCAUUUUCAUCAGACUGUGGUUCUCUGGUAGACACUGGAUUUGAAUACUUUGGUUAUAGAUGUGAAUGUUGGCCCCUGGUCCUCAUCAUGCAGGAACUUUAUCCUCUGUCAUUACACAUCUGAAUGCUCUUUACUGAGCUUUGUGUCAUGUCCCACCCAGCUAAGCAAUAAUGCAGUUGUUGUGCUUAUGUUUAUAAUCAACAGAUCUGUUUGUAAAUGUUUAUUAAACUGUUUGUCUAACCCUAGCACCACCGUCUCCUGAACUGGUGAAACGCGUCCGUGAUCUUUAUCAGAAACGUCUGCCAGAUGUCCGUUUCUUGAUACCUGUGCUGAAUGGGCUAGAUAAGGUGAGUAGACUAAAGAGUUGACUAUUACACUGCCACAGUUAUUGGACACAGCCAUAGGUAUAGAGGUAUAAGCCGUAUAUGUUCCCAUAUGUUGUUAGCAGCACUUUUUAUAGACUUUACUUAAAGCUGACCUCGACGGUUGCUUGUUUAUAGCUGACAGGCAACUUAAAAAACCGUGUUAGAUACUUUUAGCCCCUCCACUGCUUGGGUGUGUAGAACAUCAGAAAUAAUAAACUAUAAAAUUAAUGUCUCAUCUCUUACAGAAAGAAGUCAUUCAGGCUUUACCAAAACUUAUCAAACUCAAUCCGAUUGUGGUAAAAGAGGUUUUCAAUAGACUCCUGGGAACACAACAUGGUAAGUGUUGGAGGGAGUGAUGUAAGGUGACCAUGGGAAAAAAGGGUGAUAUUUAUUCCUAGCUUAUGCUAUAUGUGUACAAAUAUAGUGACUGCAAUAGAUGAGUGUGUAUGUGUAUAUCUGUUGCUGCUGCCGCCAUCUUUGUGGAGGCACAGUCAGUCUUCGUGGAAAUGUAGCUUUUAAUUUCUUCAUUUGCUGCUGAUUUUGUCGAAGUUAUGUACUCCUCUUUUGUAGAUGGCAAGUUAUUAAGGGUGGAGGAGUGAGUCAAUAAGACUUGUGCUCUUUCUUGUCACAGGAGAACUCAGUUCCACCAUGUCGCCGCUCACACCUGGAGAUCUUCUGGUUGCUCUUCAUAAUAUUGACUCCAGUAAAUGUGAUAUGAAAUCUGUCAUUAAGGGUAAGCCUCCAGAGUCCAGCAAAAUUCACUAAAAUGUCUCCAACCACUUUGGUUUUGUCCACUGUGCUACCACCACAACCAUUUUUCCUUGUGUUCAUUUAACUGUUAUUUUUAUGUUUUUAUUUCUCAUUCCCCAGCUACCAAUCUGUGCUUUGCAUCUCGUUCCGUGUACACCUCUGAAGUCCUAGCAGUGGUCCUUCAGCAGCUUAUGGAUGCCACACCUCUUCCCAUGCUCCUCAUGAGGACGGUUAUCCAAGCCUUGGGGAUGUAUCCUCGACUUGGUGGUUUCAUCAUGAACAUACUGACUCGUCUCAUCUACAAGCAGGUGCCCCCUUGAGUUUGGUGACUGGGGAAAGGGUAGUAAAAGAAGAAAAAAUGGAAGGUCCUCCAAUUACCAGAUAUUGUGUGACACAGAAUACUUCAGUAGUUAAUUAGGUAGCAGAUAUCAAAGAAUAGAAUUUAGACUGUAAGAUCUAUAGACUGUAAGCUCGUUUGAGCCGGGCCCUCUUCAACCUAUUGUUCCUGUAAGUUUUUGUAAUUGUCUCAUUUAUUGUUAAAUCUCCCCCUUUGAUAAUUUUGUAAAGCGCUGCGGAAUAUGUUGGCGCUAUAUAAAUAACAGUAAUAAUAAUAGGAAAGUCAGAGAAGACCUUUUAAUUUAUUUACUCCAUUUAAUAUUGGAUUCAGCAACCUCGCUCCACAAUGUAGAAAUACAUACAUUUUUAAGUGCAGAUAAGAAAAAGAAAACAGGUCCUAGUGCCUAUACUGAAACUGCAAGUAGUGCAUUAUUGUAUAUAUUUUUUUUUUGUUUAAUGAUGUGCCAGACCAUACCUAACUAAUAGAUUACCUGUUUGUUGUUGCUGCUGACAUUAUUGCACUAGCGCAUGGCACAUUUAACUGAUUUUCCGGAGUUUGCUCCUUUAGGUUUGGAAGUAUCCGAAAGUAUGGGAAGGGUUCAUUAAAUGCUGCCAAAGAACUAAACCACAAUCCUUCAGUGUCCUCCUGCAGCUCCCACCUCCACAGCUUCUCUCUGUUCUACAGACCUGUCCUGACCUCCGGGAUCCUCUUUUAGCUCAUGUCAGGACUUUCACUCCACACCAGGUGAGAAAGGAAUCUAUAUCAAAUCCUGUAAACGUACAAAAGGGAAAGAGAAGAAUUAUGGGAGGAGGUCUGGUCUAGUCAUUAACUUAAUGUCCUAUUCAAAAAGGUUAUGGGAUUAAGAAGGGAGACUUUGUAGGUUAAGUGCACAGUACAUUUUCACUUGUCUUCUCUUCCUAUAGUUGGCCCAUGUUCCUCACUCCAUCAUGGCUAUUCUCGAAGCUGAAUCCAGAGGAGAACCAGAGUCAGAGGAUGCUGCACAAGCUGAUGAGGUUUUUUUUUUUUUUUUAUCUCCUUAUCACUUUCCUCAUGAUUAGUGCACUGUACCUUGUUUUAAAGCAAACCAUCUUCUCUUUUUUUUCCCUAACCUUAGGAGCAGGAAGACCCCGGCCAGGAUAUUAUUUCUCGUCGCCUGGCUCAGGAGAAAUCUUUAAAAAGGCAACUCUUGGAGGAACAAAAGGGACGUAAAACCCAAGAAUUAGAUGUGGAGAUGCCAGAGGUUGACACACCUACCAUAUUCAUAGAUGAUAAAGAGGAAGAGCUAACGGUUUGUGUUAAAUAUUCUAUAAAUGUUUUUGUGUAAGUUUGUGUCUCCUAUUUCUGGAUUUAUCUAACCCUUUCUAUUCACAGAAGGCCCAGGUGAAAGAAGGAUCCCAGGACGAUUCUGUGAAAUCUACAAAUCGAACACCACAGUCUAGUCCACCUGAUGAGCCUAUGGAAGAGAGUGUAGAAACAAAAGAUGACUGAGAGACCACAGAAUUCAUAACUUCACAAUUAGAUCUGCUUUGACUGAACAUUACUGUGAUACAUUAAAAUGUUUGUUCUAUAUGUAAAUAUUUGCAAUGUUGUGUCUCAAAGUGUAUGUACGUCAAUUGGUCACUACCAUUUCACAAAAGCUGAAUUGGCAAACAAAUGUGAUAAUAAAAUUACAUUUUCAUGGUAUUUACAAUUAAGAUUAUGGUUCUGACACCAGUAGGCAAAACAACUGUGAUCUAGGAUUUCGAAGUUACAUAGUUAUGUAACAAUGUGGGAUUUUUUGUUUGUUGUCUAACCUGUCCUGUUGGACUUUUAAAGAGACACAUCAUGGGUCAAAUGCAAAAAAAUAAAAUAAGCCCCAAAAACAUACAUGCAUUGAGAGAGAGAGUGUGAGUGUAUGUGUUUUUUUUGUUUGUUUUUUUAAUUCUAUAUCGCUUGCAAAAGCUGCAUUUCUCUCGUCUGCAGCCUUUGCAAGGCCUUCUCUUCUUCCCCAGGCCAAAAUUGCUGACUGUCCAAUCAUAGACUUUCCAAUGCAGCUCAUUGAGAAGUCUUUGCAAGGCAGGUGCUUUGGGCAAUUACUGCUUCUUGACUUUAGCUCAAUUGUGCCUAACAGCCAGGAAGUAACUGACAGCCAUGGGGGCCUAACAAGGUUAAAUUAUAAAAGUGCCAAUUUCUGUGAAAUCUGCACUUUUUGUAAAAUGAGGAUACUACUAAAUGGCUGUAAUCCAACUGGGUGAUAAACAACUGAAAAUUUGACAUAUGGAACAAAACCAUAGAAAUGCAGAAGGUCCAGAUUUGCCUGUGGUCGGUUUCAACACCUGUCCUAUUAUAACCUGACGUAGCCAAAAGAAACACUAUUUAAUCAAGUAAUUAUUUAAAUAUGGAAACUCAAAGGUGUCACUGUAGCCACCUAAACAACUUUGGUUUAAUGAAGCAGUUUAGUGUAUAGAUCA